CGUUCGUCAAGCAAGAGCAACCAACAAGUCAUCCGCCCCCCUGCCUCCCUCUCUGCCUCUGGUGGGUCUCUCUCGAUUGCUCCAUCAAUCUCUGGUUUUCGCUAUCUGGGUCCUUUUUCUGAGAUUGUAGCUAGCUAGGUAAUGGACGGAACCGUUGUGAGAAGGGUCAUUCCGUCGGACAAUUCUUGCCUCUUCAAUGCCGUUGGGUUAUAGCUGCAACAGUGGCAAGUGAUCCAGUUAAGUACAAUGAAGCAUUCCUUGGAAAGCCGAAUCAAGAAUAUUGUGGAUGGAUUCUUGAUCCGGAGAAGUGGGGAGCGCCGGAGUCGCGAGAACCGAAGCUGGCUAUGGCUUCUAUCCUCGGAGAAGAGGCUGCUGCCGCAGCAACCAAACCACCACCAGCAGCGGUGGGAACCACCACCGUUCGUGCCCAACCUACCGACCAAGGCGAAGCUUCAAAGAUCACGAUUUCCACGAUCGGGUCGGAAGAACCAGAUGCUGAGAAGGUUGGAUUGGGUCUGAAAGUGGACGAGAGAUCGCAGGUAUAUUCCAAAGGCCCUGAAUUCCCAAUUUGUGGGUCGCUGAUAAAGAAAGGCAGGGUGGAUUGGAAGUUUAGGAGGAGGAAGCAAGAGGCCGGCGAAGGGGUGGAAACCACCGUUGAAGGGAGCAAAUCGAACCCUGUUUGGGAGCAACAGAAGAGGACGACGGGGAUUGCGGCGGAGACGUGCAGGUCGGAGAAGGACGUGGCCGCAUCCGAGGAGAAGAGGAAGGUCCGCGUCAACCGCGAACGACGUUGGAAGCGAUCGCCAUCGAUGGAAUCAUCUUCGGGGAGUCGGGGUCUGUCACCGAAGCUGCAAAUUUUGACAGGGAAGCAGCGAGUGAGGGCGGCUGACGUCGCGCCACCGAUCGACAAGGACAGAAAGUCGGCGCGGAUGUCGAGCGGGGCGGCUCCGCCAUCGCCUGCCACUCACCUGGGGGCUCGUCCUUGGCCGGCGGAAGAGACGACGGAGAAUGAGCUGUCAAGGAGGGGACGAGGAGUGCUGGGGAAGAUGAGCAACGUGGCCUCGGGAUCAACUCCCCGCCGCUCGACGAACUUCUCGCCGCCGGAGAGCGAGGUGAAGAGGGAGUUGGCGGAGAAGGAUUCGACGUCUGCUCUCCUCGUGUCGUCGAUCAGCAGGGAGAGGAGUCGGAGGACGGAGCCAGACGCGCGGCAGCAGCCUCGCCGCCGGAUUGAUUGCGCGCCGUCGGAGAAGAAGUCACCGACGGUCGGGAUGAGGAAGAUGGAGGGCGGCGGCCGCGUUUCUUCUCUUGCUAACCCUAGGGCCGCAGUGCGUGAGAGAUUGGGCCAAGCUGUUCGGGUCUUCUAUGCUGAUGGGCCAAGCGGAGCGGGCUCAUGUGCUUUGGAAGGGGAGCAGAGACAUGGGCUAGCAGCAAUUAAGGAGGAUUGGACGGUUGGGCCGAAAUAUUUGGGCCACAGAGCACAACUAAAGUAUCAAAUUUCCUCUUUGGGCCGAGUUGAAAUGGGCCAGCCGAAUGAGCUUAAGAGUGCCAUCGAGCUUGCAAUAUUGGCCGAUUAUUAUGGACGGGAAAUUGCAGCAUAUGACAUUCAAACCACUCGAUGUGAUUUAUAUGGUCAGGACAAGAAGUACUCUGAAAGAGUGAUGCUUAUCUAUGAUGGUCUCCACUAUGAUGCUUUAGCUAUGUCACCAGUUGCGGAAGCUCCAGAGGAGUUUGAUCAGACCAUAUUUCUAGUCCACAGGGACAGGACCGUUGGACCUGUUGAGGGGCUUGCUCUUAAUCUUGUUAAGGAUCAGCAAAGGAAGAGAAGCUAUACAGAUACUGCAAACUUCACCUUAAGGUGUGGUGUAUGCCAGAUCGGUGUUAUUGGUCAAAAGGAAGCUGUGGAGCAUGCACAAGCUACUGGGCAUGUCAACUUCCAAGAAUAUUAAUGACACAGAUUUCCAAAGGAACCACUGAUAUACACCUGUGGAGCUCUCUGUUUCGGGACAAAUUUCUUUCAAUUUUCGCGGUAAGGAAAGCUGUUGUAGCUGAAUGGUCUGAAGUCAUGAUUUCAUCACAACUGGAUGUUCUUCGUGUUCUUUUAAUACAUUUCAAGGAAACAGUGUGACGAAACAGUGAGUUUUUCCAGAAAGCAAUACGAAAUUCCCACUUGUAUACCAAAAGAAACCUUAGUCCAAGAUACGAAUGAAGCUAAAUGUUUAUCCUCUAGAGCAUUUACAACAAGAAGGGCUCGUACGCCCCCAGAAAGGAAUAAAUCUCUUGAUAAGGCUCUUACUGUUACAGGAAUUGGUACAUGAUCAAGCAAGUGCAUUUUUUUGGCUUGGGGGUGGGCGGGGCAUCCCUUAACAUCUAAAUCUUCUGCUUCAGUACAUGGCGCAGUUGUAGUUUCUGGCUCUGCAUCCUUGCUUCCAAUAGCUGCGACUUCAAACUGUGCUUCUGCACGCUGCCUCUCGGCCAUUCGAUACAUCCUUUCAUUCCUCUAGUUAUGUGGGGAUUCCCCGACUCGGGUGAUGAACUCCAUUGACCCACAAAAUCAGAAGGGCUAAAACUUCCUCCUCUAUCUUUGCCUGAGCCCCUGUCUGGUGAUACAACAAUCCCUACACUUGAUUUACGUCCAUUAGAGAACCUACCAUUCAUUCCAUCAACUGAGAUAAUCUUGUAGUUCUCCCCAUUACUGCCUGACUUCCACAGCCUUGCAAUUGCUGAUGCCUUUUUAACCUGCCUAUUAUUCGGCAAAGAACAAAGCUCACUGAUUUCUUCUGCCAUAUGGGUAUCCUUGCAAAUGUUUUCUUCUUCCCAUUCUGUACCGCUCUCUGACACAUUGCUGUCCCUGUGAAUCUUAUUGACAGAUGGAACACUUCCAUCUGGCGAGAAACUCGAGCCUUGGUCAUCGAGAUGGCUCACCGUCUCCCACCCACUUUCAUCCUCUUCUAUCUCCUCAUUCUGAUUAAUCACAUAGCCAUUGCAAUGACUACCAGGACUGAAAGCAGUCGUGCAUUGCUCAAUGUCUCUCUCGUCAUUUGGCUCACCAGAAUUAUAUUCUUCAAGAACAUCGAAUAUAUCGUCCGGGUUAGAGGGCACGUACGUGAAUUCCUUCACCUCUUCGAUAUUAGCGGCGGCUGCAGCCUGCAUUAGAGAUUCCACUUGUCUAACUUCUGAAAUUGCAGCACCUCUUGACCUUAAAAAGCUUUCCAAAUCUGAUACAAGCUUAUUCAUCUGAGAAUACUUCUCCUCGAGAGCCACUUUUGCAUCAACCAGCUUCAUUUGAACACGUUCUUCACGCCAAACCUCGGCCAUCUGCAGCAUCUUCCUCUCAUCAUCAACUUCUUCCCGCAGCUUCAUCGACUCCCUCUUUAUCGCUUCGAUUUCAGCUUUGUCAUCUCCGAUUUCUUUAGCGAGCUCGUCGCAUACUUCCUCGAUCAAUUCCCGACCCUUUCUUUCCUUUUCAUAGUCUUGCAUCAGUCGCUUCCCGGAUACCUUUACAUCAGCCAGCUCGUUAACCAGCUUCGAGUUCAAAAUCUCCAAUCUCUGCCGGUUCUUCCUCUCGCGGCUUAGGUCUGACUUGAUGUCGUCGAUGAAUGCACGGAUUUUCUCAUGCUCUCUGCUCCUCCAUGUAGCUCUUUCCUCGCUAACUUUCUUUAGGAAGUGCUCGAGUUUCUUUUUCGAGGACCUUCGUUCGGUUUCCAGCUCAUGGAUGCGUACUCGAGCUUGCUCAAGCUCGGAUUCGAGAGCGGAAACCACUGAUACAGCGCUAACUUGUUGAUCGAGACGGUUCAUGUGGCUGUAGAUCUGGCGUACUUCAUCCGGUGUUUCGAAGCAUACUGGAUCCCACUUGGUUUUGCCCUCCAUUGCAGAGUUGGAGAACUGGAAAGAAGGUUCAAGCUUACACAAGAACCUGUUCUUCAUAGCAGAUACGGCAGUCGCACUGUGCAAUGGAUCCUUCAACUCAGACCCAUAAACUUUCUCAGUCCCAUGGGGUGCCAAAGAGACGCCAGCAUGAGCAGCCCGGGGCUGAAAUCCCAACCCAUCCCUCCUUCUCCGCUCCCCUACGCCGCCGCCGCCAACCGCCGUCUCCGGCGUCUGCAACCUCCACAACCCAGCCGCUAGCUUCCUGGCAGAAACAGAACUCCCACUGCUUCUCUUGCUCCUCCUUCUCCUACCCUCCUCUUUACCAUUCCCCUGCUUCUCCUCACCCUCAUCCGCAGCCACAGCAAUAUCCUCCCCAUCCCCCUUAGCCCCACCACCAUUUUUCCUCUCUCCGCUCUCCUCGACCUUCCAUUUCAACAGGGGCGUCUCGGGUCUGCUCCGCCGCCCGACAGAAGGGGCGACCCGCUUCAACCGGGUCAGGCUCCGGGUCCUGCGCCGUGGCGGCCUGACGAGAUCUGAAUCUGGAUUUUGCUGACGUGGGCUCUGAUUAAACGCCUUGGAAGUCAGGAUUGAAGCCCCCACUAGCGCCGCCGUCGCCGACGAAUGCGGUUUCCCGGUGGUGACCUUCAUUGCUGCUGCCAGGCACAAUCAGCCAUUGACCCAACGCCCAAAAAGGGAAGACCCAAAAGAUCAGAGCUUUAGAGGGAGAGUCAGAAGACUGAACAGAGCAGUGAAGUGGGCCGUGAUGAUGUGUGGUGUGGAUGUAGGGAAAGUUGUGAAGCAGGGAGCUUUGUGAUGUAGAUAGCGAGUGAGAAAGAGAAAGGUUAACGAGGAAGAGAUUGUUCUCAGAGAAAAAAUUUUCUUGGGGAAUAAUUUUUGGCUGUAAGUUUGGAGAAAACGACGUAC